GUGGUGGCGCGGAUAACUCGAGGGAGGGAGAUUGAGGUCGGUCGAAGCGGCAAUGGCGAUGGCGAUGCGGGCGGCAGCGGCCUUCUUCUCGCCCUCCGUCUCCCCCUCCCCCUCCCCGAGCCCGAAGCAGCACUCCGUAUUCUCCCCCCGGCGCGGCUCCACCCGCCGUAUCCGUCCCCGUCGGCUCCGCGCCUUCCCAGCCACCGAGCUGACCCUCGAGGAGCUCAACCCCUCCGUCGCCCUGCUCAGGAAGACCGCGGAGGCCGUCGGCGAUUUCAGGAAGACGCCCAUCUACAUCGUCGGGACGGACUGCAAUGCCAAGCGCAACAUCGCCAAGCUGCUCGCCAACUCCAUCAUAUACCGCUACCUCUGCAGCGAGGACCUGCUCGAGGACGUCCUCGGCGGCAAGGACGCCCUCGCGGCGUUCCGGGAGUCCGACGAGAAAGGCUACCUCGAAGUCGAGACCGAGGGGCUGAAGCAGCUCACGUCCAUGGGCAGCCUGGUGCUUUGCUGCGGCGAUGGCGCCGUCAUGAACUCCACCAACCUAGGGCUGCUGAGGCAUGGAGUCUCCAUCUGGAUCGAUGUUCCUCUCGAAUUAGCCGUGAACGAUAUGUUGAAGAGCAAGGGGGCACAAGCUAUUUCAGACCCUGAUUCCUUUUCUCAGGCAAUGGCAAAGCUCCGUCAGCGUUAUGAUGAUCUGAAAGAGCGGUAUGCAGUCUCUGAUGUUACUGUUUCAGUACAGAACGUGGCUUCUCAGCUAGGCUACAGCAGCAUCGACUCUUUGAGCCUGGAGGACAUGGUCAUUGAGAUUGUGAGUCGCAUUGAGAAGCUGAUCCAAGCGAAGGCGAUGAUGGAAGCUGCUGGGAAGCCUGAAUGAUUCGAGCAUCGACCGAGGUCCUAGGAAUCAAGUCCCGCUGCUUGAUUUCAAUAUUUUUGUGACAUUUCAUAUACAUAGUGUGCGCCGAUGAAGGCUUUGGGGGCAUGCGCCAUGCCCUGUAAAGGAGUCUCUCACGACAUUAUAGUAACACGGUACUCCUCGCUGCAAGUUAUUCAUGUGGCCGGUUGUAAAAUGUAUAUGGCUCCACGGCCGAACAUUAAGCAGGAGAUUUUUUCGAAUGAGUAAGAAAGUAGAAGAGGGGCACCAGUUCACUCUUGAUGAAAGUCAAA